CAUGGAGACCCCCGGACUGGUUGUACAUGGGGAGGCUGAGCCCUUUUCCACAGCACUCCGAAGCCUCGUCAACAACCGCCUAUACAGGUGAGGGGGUUGGCGCUGACUGUGGGUUUUCGAUAGCUGACCCCAUGAUUGAGGAAGCCCUGGGUACGGAAGAGGCGGGGAACUAGGACUUGACCUUGCUGAACUCAGAUCUGUGACAUCCUAAGAGCCAGAGGUUGAGGGCCAGCAGGGGCUGCAGUCCAGUGACUGUGUGACCUCGGGCAAAGGCUUUCCUAUUUUUGGAUCUUGGGCUCCUGGCCGAGAAGAGCCCUCUGCCCCCUGGGUCCUGAGAGAUGGGAUGUAACUUGAGUCCCGCCCUGGGGAGCCAGAGGAACAUGACCCUGCUCUGGGAACUGGGGAUUCAGAAGAGGAAUCCCUAGCCCGCUUAAGGGGCUGAGCCAGCCUCAGAGGGGAUGGAGGCAGUGCGAGGGUGCGCCUGGGGCUUGCUGUCUGCCUGGGGCUUGCUGUCUGCCUAGGAUGCAAGUGGUGUCUGAAAACAGGGUAGAGUAUGGGGACAGGACUGGAAGGGAGAACUGGAAUGCAGCCUUCCAUCCUCACUGGCUCGGAGCUGGGCUCCUCUGCCAGGGCUGAUGACACCCGUGACCCUGCUGCUUCCCAGGGUCAUUCCCGUGACCCUGCUGCAUUCGGGGAUGGCAGUCUGGUCUGAAUAGCGGAAACCCCAGGCCUUGGCUCAGGGACUAGGAGGCUCCAGAAACUCAAGCUUCGUCUCCUGCCUCCCACUCACUGCGUUAUCAGAGGCCUAGAGGCUAGGGCCGGAAGUGAUCACGCAGAUGGAAAAUGUGGUCUGGCCUCUUGAUGGUGCAAUACUGCCACGUCUGUCUGCAGCCAAUGCACUCGAUACCCCCAUCCUCCCACCCUCUCCUGCCUGGGACUGAAAAAGCUGAGUUUGCAGUCUGUGGAGGAGGAGCCAAGAAGAACUUCCCUCCCCCAGGACUCAUGCUGGGGGGGAGAGGGGUGUGUAGGAUUGAUCUUGCAUCCGCCCUGGUGCGCCCUCAGUGAUCAGGCAUAGCCACUUUCUCCGAGACUUACGAGUUUGGGAUUACCACCCAGUUUCAUGGGGGAGAGACCUGAGAUUCAAAGGCAGAAAGUCACUUGCCCUCGGUACUAUAGAAUGGAGCUAGGACUACAACCUAGGCUUGCAUGUCCCCGACCUUUGGCAGGAAGGACUAAGCCUUGUCUCUUAUAUGACAAACAAGGAAACAAAGGCCCGGAAUGGGCAAAUGCAAAGUGUAGAGUUGCACCCUGGACUCUGGCUUCUCCCUGGCUCUCUGCCCUUCUCUCCCACAGUGAUGUUCGCUUUGUGGUCGGCCAAGAACGGCAGGAGGUGUUUGCCCACCGAUGCUUGUUGGCCUGUAGGUGCAAUUUUUUUCAACGACUUCUGGGCCCAGAGCCCAGUCCUGGGGUGCCUAGCCCCGUGGUGCUAAGCACCGUACCAGCUGAGGCCUUCCUGGCAGUGCUGGAGUUCUUGUACACCAACACUGUCAAGCUGCACCGCCAUUCUGUGCUGGAAGUGCUGACAGCAGCUGUGGAGUAUGGGCUGGAAGAACUGAGAGAGAUAUGCCUGGAGUUUGUGGUUAAGGUGCUGGAUGUGGAGCUGGUUUGCGAGGCCCUGCAGGUGGCUGUAACCUUUGGCCUGGGACCAUUGCAGGAGCGUUGCAUAGCCUUCAUAGAGGCCCACAGCCAGGAGGCACUUCGGACUCGUGGCUUUCUGGAGCUGUCAGCGUCUGCAUUGCUGCCCCUGCUGCGCAGUGACAAGCUUUGCGUGGACGAAGCUGAUCUCAUCCUGGCGGCCCGGAGCUGGGCGCGCGUGGGCGCGGCGGUGCUGGAGAGGCCUGUGGCCGAAGUAGCGGCCCCGAUUGUGCGGGAAUUGAGACUGGCCCUCCUUGCCCCGGCGGAGCUGAGCGCCCUGGAAGAGCAAAACCGGCGGGAGCCGCUCAUUCCGAGCUGCCUCCGGAGAUCGCUUUCUAAAUGCCCCACGAAACCUCACACUCAUUUCCAAAUUGAGCGUCCUCUUCUUUCCCCAGUUCUGACCCCAUGGUGUUGCUCAUUUCCGUGGGUGCCCAAGCCAAGAAACCUCGAUCUCAUCCUGGCCUUAUUCCUCUUCACAUCUGCUUCCCCUGGCUUCUGCCAUCUGAGAAGGGUAGCCGAAUAUGCCAAGCCAAAACAAGCCGUUUUUUGGCCUAAGGAUUGUUUAAAGAUGACUAUUUUGAGAAACAGAAGAAGCUCUGAAAAUAGAGUACAAGUUACCCUUUUGUAAGGGAAAUUUAUAUUUAUACAGGAAAUCUCCAUUCGUAAGGUCGCCUCCCUUCCUCUUUGUACCAGGAAAAGGAUGACGAACUCAAGAGAAUCGGGUGGAGAGAAGGCACCAUUGAAAUCUGCCUAACAAGCCUUACCCUUGUUUACUGUGUUUUCCCUGGUGGCCCUGCACUUCUCUUGCUUUUGUCUUUAGCUGAAGAUGGUAUUUAAGUGGACAUUUUAAGCCACCUUCGGGCGUUCUUAAUUUUUCCCUGGGUAUCUCCCAUGUGUACAUGAAAUAUACACAUUAAUAAACUUGUUUGAUUUCUCA